CAGCCGUCACUCUGCUGACAUGAAAAGGCGCAUAGAACCGCGCAGGCAGCUUCAGUGCGCAAUCAUCUGCACACCGUCUGUUUUUUCAAACGAGGAAGAGCGAAUGCGCAAACAACUUUUGCCCACUGGACAAGGCAAGGCUGGAUGGGUAAAUAGCUUAAGGUAGGGGUUAAUUAGGAAACCUGUUGAUCAGACUCAACUCGCACGCUUUCCUGCGCCAGACUUCUCCUCCUCUGAUUGGCGGGGACAUUUGUUUGGCUGUAGCGUGUUUCAAGCGAGAGCUUCAAACUAACUGUGGGUUGGGUUAGAGUGGCACUUAAAAAGCUCUCACUGAUUUCUGUGCACACUAGCAGUCUGAGGUGGAAGUUUUAGUUGCGCAAAUUUUUCCCUCCCAGCCAUUCCACUCAACUUUUCCAUUUAAGUUUUUUUCUUUCACUCCUGAUAUGGGAGCCAUGGCUCCUGGGGCGCACAGCUUGGUCAGAAUGGCGCUGCUGCUGCUGCCAGCCCUGAUGCUCUGUGAAGCUCUGCCAGCCAGCUGGGUGCCAGGGGACUAUGCAAACAACAUCUCGGAUGCACUGAGGUUCCUCAGUGAUUACAACAGUACUGCAGAGGAGGUGUUCUUUAACAGCGUGUCUGCCAGCUGGAACUACAACACCAACCUCACGGAGCACAACUCCAAGCUGCAGGUAGCUGCAAGUCUUGAAGAACAAGCCUUCGUUGAUGCCUGGGGGGGCGUUGCCAAGCAGGUUUUCUCUAAAGAAGUACUGGACUCUCUUCCUGCAAAAGAGAAGAAGUUAGUUAAAAAGAUCAUGUCACUGGGAGCUGCCAACCUUCCACAGGCUGAACGCAAAGAGUAUAACACCAUCCUGAGCACCAUGGACAGUAUUUAUUCAACAGCUAAGGUGUUCCCACAGCCAAACAUAAGCUGGAGCCUGGAACCCGAACUCACAGAAAUUAUGGCCACUUCCAGGAGUUACAAAAAGCUACUGUUUGCCUGGGAAGGCUGGCACAAUGCAUCAGGUGUGCCUCUUAAGGAGCAUUAUCCCAGGUUUGUGGAGCUCAGCAACAAAGCUUCUACAGCUGAUGGUUUUGAUGACACUGGGGCUGACUGGCGCUCUUGGUAUGAGACUGAAACCUUUCAGGAGGAUUUAGAAAGGCUCUACAAGACGAUUGAACCGCUCUAUCUGAACCUGCAUGCCUUUGUGCGACGCAAGCUCUAUAACUUCUACGGUCCCAAAUAUAUCAAUCUGAAAGGACCUAUCCCUGCACAUCUGUUGGGAAAUAUGUGGGCCCAGACGUGGAAUAACAUUUACAAUAUAAUGAUCCCAUUUCCUGACAAACCCAACCUGGAUGUGACCAACGAGAUGGUCCGACAAGGUUACAAUGCUACACACAUGUUCCGUGUGGCUGAGGAGUUUUUCACCUCUCUGGGAUUAAAGGAGAUGCCUACAGAGUUCUGGGAAGAGUCCAUGCUUGUUAAGCCUGAUGAUCGAGAGGUUGUUUGCCAUGCGUCUGCCUGGGACUUUUACAACCGCAAAGACUUCAGGAUUAAGCAGUGUACCACAGUGACCAUGGAGCAGCUCUUCACUGUACACCAUGAGAUGGGCCACAUCCAGUAUUACCUGCAAUACAAAGAUCAACCUGUGGGCUACCGACGUGGAGCCAACCCUGGUUUCCAUGAAGCUAUCGGUGACGUUAUGUCCCUAUCAGUUUCAACACCGAAGCACCUACGUGAGAUCAACCUGCUGGAGUCUGUGACCUCUGACAUGGAAACUGACCUGAACUUCCUAUUGAAGACUGCUCUGGAGAAGAUAGCCUUCCUUCCCUUUGGCUAUCUCAUCGACCUCUGGAGAUGGGGCGUGUUUAGUGGAAGCACACCUCCAGAAAAGUACAACUCAGACUGGUGGUACCUCAGAACAAAGUACCAGGGAAUUUGCCCACCUACCAGGCGAACAGAGGAACACUUUGAUCCUGGGGCAAAGUACCAUAUCCCCGGAAACACACCAUACAUCAGGUACUUUGUUAGCUUUAUCCUGCAGUUCCAGUUUCAUGAGAAACUCUGCGAGGCAGCCAGUCACACUGGGCCUUUGCACACAUGUGACAUCUACCGUUCUACAAAAGCUGGAGAGAUUCUACGAAAGGUUCUUGAAGCAGGUUCUUCCAAGCCCUGGUCUGAAGUCCUCCAAGAGGCCAUAGGAACAGAUAAAAUGAAUGCCACCUCUCUAAUGAAGUACUUUGAGCCCAUAAUCAAGUGGCUGGAAGAACAAAAUGUGAAUGAGACCCUGGGAUGGCCUGAAUUCAACUGGGUCCCACCCAUCCCUGAUGGCUAUCCUGAGGAUAUAGACAAGAAUACAGAUGAGCUUCAUGCAAAGCAGUUUCUGGAAGAGUAUAACAGUACAGCUGAACAAGUGUGGAAUACCUACGCCGAGGCCUCCUGGAAGUACAACACAGACAUCAACGAAGCUAAUAAGGAGGACAUGCUUAAGAACAACCUGGAGAUGUCUGCACAUACCCUGCAGUAUGGUCUGAAGGCUCGUGAGUACGACAUCACCGACUUCCAGGAUCCCUUAGUUAAACGCAUCAUCCUAAAACUCAGCGACAUUGAAAGGGCCGCGUUGUCCACUGCAGAACUGGAAGAGUACAACACUCUUCUGUCUAACAUGGAGACCAAAUACAGCAUAGCUGAAGUUUGCAGGACAGAUGGCACAUGUCAUCCAUUGGAUCCAGAUCUCCAGAAAAUCAUGGCAGAAUCCAGGGAUUAUGAUGAACUUUUGUUUGCCUGGAAAGGAUGGAGAGAUGCUGCUGGAAAAAUACUUCGUGAGGAUUAUAAGAGAUAUGUAGAACUGGCCAAUAAAGCUGCCACCCUCAACGGUCAUACUGAUAAUGGAGCUUUCUGGCGGUCCUUGUAUGAAACUCCCACCUUUGAGGAAGACCUGGAGGCUCUGUGGAAGGAGUUGGAGCCACUCUAUCUCAAUGUCCAUGCCUAUGUUCGAAGGGCUCUUUAUAAGCAUUAUGGCACAAAGUACAUCAACUUAAAGGGCCCUAUUCCUGCUCAUUUGUUGGGAAACAUGUGGGCACAGACCUGGUCUGGAAUUAUGGAUUUGGUCAUGCCCUAUCCAGAUGCCACACAGGUGGAUGCCACACCAGCUAUGGUGGCGCAGGGCUGGAAUUCCACCAGGAUGUUUCAGGAAUCAGACAGAUUCUUUACCUCCAUGGGUCUGCUGCCAAUGCCACAAGAGUUCUGGGACAAAUCCAUGCUGGAAAAGCCGUCUGACGGACGCCAGGUGGUGUGCCAUGCCUCUGCAUGGGAUUUCUACAACCGAAAGGACUUCAGGAUAAAACAGUGUACUGUUGUGACUAUGGAUGACCUGAUCACUGUGCACCAUGAGAUGGGCCAUGUACAGUACUUCCUGCAGUACAAAGACCAGCCUGUGUCGUUUCGCGAUGGCGCCAACCCUGGCUUCCAUGAAGCCAUCGGAGAUGUACUUGCACUGUCAGUCUCCACGCCCAAACAUCUACAGAGCAUCGGUCUCCUGGACAAAGUGGAGAGUAACCACGAGAGCGACAUCAACUUUUUGAUGAGCAUGGCACUCGACAAAAUUGCCUUUCUGCCGUUCGGCUACCUGAUGGAUCAGUGGAGGUGGAAGGUCUUUGAUGGACGGAUUCCAUCAUCGGAGUACAAUAAAGAAUGGUGGAACCUCAGACUGAAGUACCAGGGUCUCUGUCCCCCUGUAACCCGAACUGAGGAUGACUUUGACCCUGGUGCAAAGUUCCACAUCCCUGCUAAUGUGCCAUACGUCCGCUACUUUGUAAGCUUCAUCAUCCAGUUUCAGUUCCAUAAAGCUCUGUGUGAUGCUGCUAAUCAUGUUGGGCCACUUCACACAUGUGAUAUCUACCAAUCUAAGGAAGCCGGGAAGUUGCUGGGGGAUGUGAUGAAGCUUGGUUACAGUAAGCCGUGGCCUGAAGCCAUGGCCAUGAUCACUGGUCAGUCUAAAAUGAGUGCCCAGCCCCUUAUGCAGUACUUUCAGCCUCUCAUUCAGUGGCUUGAGGAGGAAAACAACAAGAACAACGAAGUCCGGGGAUGGCCUAACUACAACUGGAAACCUUCUGAUCCUGGAUCUGAAAUAAAUGAUGAUGAUAAAGUUGAGUUCCUGGGACUGAGGGUGGACAAAGCCGCUGCCAAAGCUGGCCAGUGGUUACUGCUGUCAAUCAGUCUUGUUUUUUUGGUGGUCCUCAUCCUUCUCGCCUUCAGGUACAGAAAGUCAAAAAAGCGUGAAAAGUCCUUAUCCAUGAUGGAGCUCAAGCAAAAGGACUAAAUGUACUGUAAAUGCGGGGCUGAAUGUAUCGUAGCCACCACAAAGCCGACCUCAAUGUGAACAUCUACAGAACAUCAAAGCACAUUUUCUCCAGUACAGCUCACUUCAUUCUUUCCACACUGAAAGGUGACUCUGAAUGUCAGGAACCCAAAAGUACUAAAAAAGCAAUGCUUUGCCAAUUUAUAUAAACCAGAGAUAAUGUUCCUAUAUAAAUGUAGCACUUCAUAAACAUAUUUAAUGCAAAAUAUGGUGUUUUACUGAUUUUAAAUGUAAGUUUGAAAGUAAUUUAAUGUAAUAUGGUGUUUUAGAUGAAAAAUGUUCUUUAGCUUUGGUUUCAAACGCUCCCUUUAUUUAACUGUAAUAGCAUAAAUAAGAUUAACAUUUGUACUCAUUAUGAAGGUGUUUCAAUAUUUCUAAGUGUUUUUUUCCAGAACAGGACAUGUGUCUUCGCUUAUGCUUUAUUUUAUUUUUGAAAACCUGAACUCUAUAGUUUUUCAGGCUAAAUCUUAAGCGUAAUUGAAGUUGUGCGAAAAUGUCUACAAAUAAUUUUCUGAAGUCUCGUUAUUUGAAGGAUAGAACUGCCUGGAAAUAAAAGAAAUAAUGUCUAUAAUAAAUUCAACGUUGGAACUUGGUUUAUUUGACACUGUAAUAAAAAAAUACUUUCCUGGUU